AUGGAUCUCACAACUCAAUCACGUGUGGAUUCCAAGGCCAUCAUACCUACUACGCCACAUGUUAAAGCAACUCAGACCCUCGACACAGACCCUGUUCCGCCGACGCCUUCCAAGCCGAAGAUCAAAGAGACCAAACUCGCACUGAAUGACGAAACAGCAGAUUUCACCGUUAUCUGCGAGGGCCAGCGAUUCGCAACGCACAGGAACGUCCUAGAAACCUCCUCACCCUACUUCGCGCGCAUGUUCCGUUUCAACGGCAGCGAGACGAACGACAAGGAAGUACAAGUCCCCGACGUCCACGCCAUCACCAUGAAGCACAUUCUAGACUUCAUGUACACAUCAACCUACCAAUUCCCCGAUGGCGUAUCAAUUCCUUCUACAGACUACUGUAACCACACCACCUUCGCUCUCCUUCACGGCCCAGAUAAAAGCCCGCUGAUCUUUAAGCGCAAAUGUCCUUGUGCUGGCAAGUCGCUGUCCGCUUCUCACCUCCUUAUGCACGUACACGUUUACACGGUCGCGGACUACCUCGGUAUGGCCGAUCUGAAGACAUAUGCACGUCAAGGAGUGGUAGAUGUCUUGCAUGUGUACUGGCAGUACAAGGGUCUGGACUUGGCUGAUGCACUGGAAGAAGCGUUUACGUCUACACCGGAUGACGAUGUGGGGAUUAGGGAUGUGCUUGUAAAUGCUAUGAAAGAGCAUCCGGGACUGGUAGUUGAUGAAGGUGAUGUGGAGGAUUGGUUGGAAGAUCACCCUGAGGUGCGUGAGAGGGUCAACUGGGAUGAUUACAUGAAACCGUAUGGUCGUGGAGAGAAGGGGUAA